GUAAAACCACAGAAGUGUCUUACUUUGUCAGAUUGAGGGCGAGGAAGAAGGGUUGAAAAAGAGGAGGAAGAGCAAAAUCAUCACUGAAAAGGAUAUCUCGUCUCCAUUUAACCUGCUCUUUGCUCUUGCUGAUUUGGACAUCUAUUAAGAAAUCCAGCCAAAAUGAGCAUCUUCGGUGUGGCGGUCAUUAGCACCCUCCUGUGCUCUGUUUGGUCAUCAACCAUUAAAGCGAAAGAUGAACACCGUACUGCUUUCUUCGGGGAGGAUGUUCAUAUUCCUGUGCCGGCUUUAGACACAACAGAGGUGGUGUUCAAGCCAAGGGUGGAGCCGCUGUCUGAGCGGGUCGUCCUGCAGAACGGGGUCAUUCAGUAUCAGAGAGCCAAACUGAAUACUCACGUCAGCCACUUGAUUCUGGAGGAUGUGGGCGAGGAAGAUGAGGGCACAUAUGUGCUGAGAAAUUCUUUGGCUCCGGCUGAUGUCAGACGGAUCAUUCUCAUUGUUAGAGACUGUGCACUAGAGACCGUGGUGAAGUAUGGAGACACAUAUCACAUCCCAAUUAACCCUAUGAUUGGUCCAUACACCCUUGAGUUCAGGUAUGGAGGUCAGACUCAUGUUAACCAGACCACAGAAAAACCACCUGUGCUGCUUUUCAACCAGACCGCUUUCCCUACGGAAGAGUACGAGAAUCGUCUCACAAUCAGCGAGAAAAGGGUUAACCUCAAUUUGGUCACAGGAGCAGAUGAAGGCAGCUACACCGUCGUGGACAGUGAUGGAAAAGUCAGAAUGAGAGCCUGUCUCAAUGUGAAAGAUCACCACAUCUUUGAGCACUUGAGUUAUGGAGGAAUCUUAAAGAUCAAGCUCCAUGUGGACCACACCAAAAUCAAGAUGGUUUACAUCCCAGACACUGACCACAAGGAGCGACUCAUCCUGGACCAGGGAGAGUUGGUGGUGCCUCUGGACCCUGCUUUGGAGGGUCGAGUGUCUGUGGAAGGAUCGUUGUUCUACCUGAAGAAAGUCAAAGUCAGUGACAUGGGCGUCUUCAGAGUCAUGGACUAUUCAGGCUUCCGGAUAGCUGAUGUCUACCUUCAUGUUGAGCCCUAUAAGUUACCACAGCUCUACGUAGCUAUCCUCUCCCUGCUGUCUCUGCUUGCAUUCCUGCUGUUGGUGUGUCUACUCUCCUGUCUGAUCAAGGUUCACCGUCGGGCAGAGAGAGCACGUAAAAUCACCCUAAUCGCUCAGCAGGCUGGCAAGGGUGAUGGAGAGACGUUCAGACAGGUGGUUCAUGAAGCUUACACUAGAUUUGCAGAAGAAACCACUGUGCAGUCCACAUGGGAGAACAACACUGAGAGCACAGAAGUUGAGGUCAAAGGACUUGAGGUAUCAAAACCAGGUCAGUACCAGGCUCUCCCUUCUGACCAAAACUUCUUGGAGAUGAAUGACUCAGGUGUGGAAUUCAACUCCUCCACUCUCCCUCUGGAUAGUGACACAGACAUACCCGACAACUUCGCCUCUCACAAGCUACUACUUGAGCCUGACACUCUUGUCGGUGUCCCCCCAGAUAUUUCCGAAGGUGACCACAGCGCCACUCGCACCCCUGAUUCUGUUCUGAGUGCCAGCCCGGCGGUCCGGCCCAAAUCUGGGGCUGAAACAGAUGGCAACUUAAUUGGAGCCACCACACCUGAGGAAAUGGCCACAGUGAAAGAGCUAGACUAGCACAGAUGCCUCACCACUUUCUGAGAAAAUCACCACAUUGGAUCCAGUCACUGGAACCACAACCUGAGAACUGUAAGGGAGAACUUCAGUAUCACUCAUUCUCACUACCAACUUGUCAGUCUCUUCCUUUACGCCAGUGUGACCACUUUUCAUCUGUAACGUCUCAUCACUUGACAUGACAAUUAAUCUUGCUUGGACUCAUUUGAUCUACAACAAAUGGCAUGUCGAACAAGCAAAAAAACAUAAUCCCAGAAGACGACACUCUCCACAAAAUCAAUAAAACUAACUUGAAAAACAAAAGCAAUUAAAUGGUCCAACACAUUGCAUGCCUUUGAACUGCUGAAGAGUUCUUGACUAUCUAACAGCCAAAUGCUAGAUUAGAGUGACCAUGUAGUGCAUGUGAAGAAGAAAAAUAAACUCAGGAUACAUUUCAAGACACGCAUAUAGAUGGUAGAUUUUUACUUUCUAAGACUUUUUAACUACUGAAUGAUGCCGCUGGAACUGAGGCAUUUAUGAAAGUGUCAAACUGCCUGAAACUUCAAGGAAGCUUCAAGGAACAUCUGAAGAAAAUCUGUAUCCUUCCCCCAUAUUUUUCAAACCAUUCAUCUACCAAAUGCCAAAAGUAUACAUUCUGAGAUGUUUUGAGAUUUUCUUCAUUUGGUGGACCACGUUGGAUUAAUUUCGAGAUCAAUUCGAAGGCAGAGACUCAUGCAUUCCCAGUGCUACACAUGGUGUAAACACUUCUUUUCAGACCUCCCACAGUCACUACCAACACUACAAAGACUUUUGAUAAUCUUUGUUUAUUGUAAACUAAACACCAUAGAGGAUCACAUAGAUCACAGGUAUCUGAUAUGGAGGCUUUACUUUGUAAAUAGGAUCAGAUGUGGCCAAGGUUUUUGGCUCUUGUUCAGAGGAACGCUGCUGAUGGAACAGCUUGUCUCAGCAGUUUAAGGUGCUGACUCCACUGGGGUGUCUUCACAACUGUGGGCUUUCCUGCUAUUCCUCUCUCUCUCUCUCUCCUAUGAUCCUUUAUUCUCCCUCAUUUGGAUGUGUUUGAACAGAUGAAUGCACUUUGGAUGGUUGCAAGUUCUCGAAUCAGUGGUGUUGCUUGUGUCAGUGUGGUACAAAGAUGGUUGGUGUUGGGUUUUUCCAGAGCUUGUUAGACUUGUAGAGAAAAUCCACAGUCUUGAUGGUAAAUUGUGUAAUACAUAUUUGUUUAUUGAGCAUCUUAUUCUUUGAAUAUCUAAAUAACAUUUAUGAACAAGGGUCUAUGUUGAACUUUUAGAGUUCUAUAGAAGAGGGAGAUCCGAAUACAGGGAAGAAAAAUCUCUGUCAAUACACUUGAAUCUACAUAAAAUACAUUAAUGUUUCCACAUGUGGCAACUUUACUUACAGAAAGCAUGCUGGAAUUAUUGUGACGUAAUAAUUUGUAGUUUAAACUGUAAAAGGAAUUAACAUUUUCCUACCGUUGAAAGCCUUCCUUUCCUUUGAAAUCCUUUUAUAAACAAAUUUAAAGCUUCUAGACUCACAGUCUCUAACUCUUUUUCUUUAAUUAAUGUCUCACAGCACUUAAUGGUUAGGUCUUAAUUUGACUCCUAAAGAGGUGCGCAUUUGUUAACUACUUUUUUGUAGGUAAAUGUGCAAAAUCUUGUGCGCUAUCUGGGAUACUUUUGAUGCAGAUAAAUGAUAAAUAAGGCAGAUUAAAAUACAAUAUUAGAAUGAGUUGUUGCGUGCAUCUUGAGAUGUGGCAUUGCCUGCUGGUAAAAUUGCUACGUCAUGUUUUGAUGUCUUUAGAUUGCACAGAGGGAAAAUGACAAGAGGUCGAUCGAUAUUAGAAUUUGACGAUAAGGAUAACAAAGGUGUUGAAAGAUAGCAGAUAACUGAUUAAUCGGCUGACUGUUUGAUUUAAUUGUUUACUGUUAAUUGUUAUACUAAAUGUGUUUAAAAAAAUGUAUUGAGAUAAAGAUCCAGCUAAAGAUCCAGUUUAAUUUGCAACCAAAAUCCCAAUAAUAACCAGGAAAAAUGAGAUUUGGUGCAUAAUGUGGGACUUUUAACUAUUAACAAGGCCAAAAUAGCCUAACAGAUGAGGAAAACAAAUAUGCACUCUUACAAUCAUGUACUACAAUAUAACAUUAUAGAGUAAACAUUGACUUAUAAAAAUAUGCAUUAAAGUAAGUACCUCUGAAAAAAUAAAAACAGGUUUUAAAAGGCACAAUUAAGAAAAACGGCUUGAAAACAUAGUAUAAAAUUGCAGCUAAUGUAAAUAUAACGGUUUGCAAAAAAAAUAAAAAAUAAUGAGAAUAUUAGGAAUUAUUAGGAAAUGUAAUCUCUUUUUUGUUUUCCUUUGUAACUGCAAUCAGAACAUAGGUAGUUUGAAUGUAUUUUUUAACCUACAUCAUUAUUUCACUCGACAUUAUUUAAAAGGUAAAAAAAUACUGUAUGUAUUGAUAUCUUAUUGAUACUAAUUAGAUCUACUUAAAGAAAUGUUUCGGGUUCAAUACAAGUUUAGUUCAGUCGACAGCAUUUGUGGCGUAAUGUUGAUUACCACAAAAAAUAAUUUUGACUCGUCCCUUCUUUUCAUUAAAAAAAGCAAAAAUCGAUGUUACAGUGAGGCACAGAAUGGGGACAAUAUUUGGAGGGUAUAAACAGAAAUGUGAAGCUUAUAAUUUCACAAAAGCACUUACAUUAAUUCUUUUGUUAAAACUCAUGUAUUAACUGAGCUGUAAAGUUGUUUAAAUCAUAAUUUUUUACAGUCAUUUUAGUGUUUUACUGUAGGGUUUGUUGACAUUACAUCAUCAUGGUGAUGAAGUUGUAAAAUUGGCUAUAACUUUACACAGAAAAGGUUAGUAAGUGAUUUUAUCACACUAAAAUCAUGUUAACACACAUAUCCUUUAUGUCUUGUAGGUAUACUUUUGAAACAAUGAGUCCAUGAAGCGCCCAUUCACUUCCAUAGUUAGUGCCUCACUGUAACCUCCAUUUUUGCUUUUUUUAAAAGAAAAGGAGGGAGAAAAAUUAAUUUUUGUGGUAAUCAGUAUUAUGCCACAAACGCUGUUGAUUGAGCUUAACUUGUAUUGAACCCAGAACUUUCCUUUAAUGAUCAGGCCCAACAUUUGUUGACUAGCAAUCAUUCUUUUAAAGAGUUUCUCUGCUUCAGUUCAGAUUUAUAUAAUUAAGACUUGUUUUCUUGUCUAUCAAACUGACUGAAAGUGCAGUUAUUGGGCCUUAUAAAGCAAUAUUAGUGUGACGACACACACACACACACACACACACACACACACACACACACACACACACACACACACACACACACACACACAGGGUAGAUGCAAUAGCAUGAACAAACAUACAAACAUGCUUCUGUAUAUACAUGUAUUG